AUGCAGCAGCUCCCAGCACCGGGACCCCCAACACCUGUACCCGCAGCACCGCGACCCCCAACACCUGUACCCCCAGCACCGGGACCCCCAACACCUCACCGGGACCCCCAACACCUGUACCCGCAGCACCGCGACACCCAACACCUGUACCCCCAGCACCGGGACCCCCAACACCUGUACCCCCAGCACCGGGACCCCCAACACCUGUACCCUCAGCACCGGGAGCCCCCAACACCUGUACCCGCAGCACCAGGAGCCCCAACACCUGUACCCUCAGCACCGGGACCCCCAACACCUGUACCCUCAGCACCGGGACCCCCAACACCUGUACCCACAACACCGGGACCCCCAACACCUGUACCCUCAGCACCGGGACCCCCAACACCUGUACCCGCAGCACCGCGACACCCAACACCUGUACCCCCAGCACCGGGACCCCCAAAACCUGUACCCUCAGCACUGGGAGCCCCAACACCUGUACCCUCAGCACCGGGACCCCCAACACCUGUACCCUCAGCACCGGGACCCCCAACACCUGUACCCGCAGCACCGCGACACCCAACACCUGUACCCCCAGCACCGGGACCCCCAACACCUGUACCCUCAGCACCGGGAGCCCCAACACCUGUACCCUCAGCACCGGGACCCCCAACACCUCACCGGGACCCCCAACACCUGUACCCUCAGCACCGGGAGCCCCAACACCUGUACCCUCAGCACCGGGAGCCCCAACACCUGUACCCACAGCACCGGGACCCCCAACACCUGUACCCGCAGCACCGGGAGCCCCAACACCUGUACCCUCAGCACCGCGACCCCCAACACCUGUACCCCCAGCACCGGGACCCCCAACACCUCACCGGGACCCCCAACACCUGUACCCGCAGCACCGGCAGCCCCAACACCUGUACCCCCAGCACUGGGAGCCCCAACACCUGUACCCGCAGCACCGGGAGCCCCAACACCUGUACCCGCAGCACCGGGAGCCCCAACACCUGUACCCUCAGCACCGGGACCCCCAACACCUGUACCCGCAGCACUGGGACCCCCAACACCUGUACCCGCAGCACCGGGACCCCCAACACCUGUACCCCCAGCACCGGGACCCCCAACACCUGUACCGGCAGCACCGGGACACCCAACACCUGUACCCGCAGCACCGGGAGCCCCAACACCUGUACCCCCAGCACCGGGACCCCCAACACCUGUACCCUCCGCACCGGGACACCCAACACCUGUACCCGCAGCACCGGGAGCCCCAACACCUGUACCCCCAGCACCGGGACCCCCAACACCUCACCGGGACCCCCAACACCUGUACCCUCAGCACCGGGAGCCCCAACACCUGUACCCUCAGCACCGGGAGCCCCAACACCUGUACCCUCAGCACCGGGACCCCCAACACCUGUACCCGCAGCACCGGGAGCCCCAACACCUGUACCCCCAGCACCGGGACCCCCAACACCUGUACCCUCAGCACCGGGACACCCAACACCUCACCGGGACCCCCAACACCUGUACCCUCAGCACCGGGAGCCCCCAGCACCUGUACCCGCAGCACCGGGACCCCCAACACCUGUACCCUCAGCACCGGGAGCCCCAACACCUGUACCCUCAGCACCGGGAGCCCCAACACCUGUACCCGCAGCACCGGGACCCCCAACACCUGUACCCGCAGCACCGGGAGCCCAACACCUGUACCCGCAGCACCGGGACCCCCAACACCUGUACCCGCAGCACCGGGACCCCCAACACCUGUACCCGCAGCACCGGGACCCCCUACCCCUGUACCCCCAGCCCCGGGUCCCCGACCACCUGUACCCCCAGCACCGGGACCCCCAACACCUCACCGGGAGCCCCAACACCUGUACCCGCAGCACCGGGACCCCCAACACCUGUACCCUCAGCACCGGGAGCCCCCAACACCUGUACCCGCAGCACCGGGACCCCCAACACCUGUACCCUCAGCACCCGGAGCCCCCUCCUCCCGGGUCCUAG